UCUCUACCAUCAUUUCUCUGCUUUUUCUUUUUCCCUAAACUUUUAAUUAUCUAUGUAUAUUAUAUAUAUAUAAAUAUUUCAUAACUCUUUUUAUCUUUGAAGGUUAGUGAUUAGCGAUCAAUGUCCUAAAGAUUUAACAGUUCGAUCUAUUUGCUGGAUCCCACUAAUCGUAUUGAAGAAAUUUGUAAGCUCCAACUAUUUUCUUUUUUUUUUUUUUUUUUUUUUUCCUUGGGUGUUCCAGCUCAGCUCAGCUCUCACGCCCUUUGUCUCUUUGUGGUGUCUCUGCAAAACCUGGCGGCAUCUCGAAGCAAUUGAAGCAACAAAACGUCUUCGACGACCCAGAAAAUGAGGUGAAACCAAAAAUAGUUUACGCUACGAUGAAAAACAAAGUAAUGGGUUUGUUAAUGAUUUAGCUUUACUUGCUUUCUUCAUCUAUCUUUGAGAAGGGUCAAAAAAAAAAAAAAAAAAGAAAAGUUUGGUUUUUUCAUUAUUUUUUGGGUUUUUCCGAGGCACAAAUUCAAAGUUUCAUGGCAGGAUGGUCGAUUUUAACAAGUAGGACUGUCUUAGAUUGCGAUGAAAAUGUGGUUUCUUGUCGGAAUAAUGGUUCUUGUAAGUCUGUAGAAGAUGGUGUUGAUGAUGAUAACUGUGAUGGCUAUAAAGUCAGGCCAAGAUGCAUUUUUGAUCAAGUUCUGUCUCUUUUUCUGAAAGAGGUUGCCGAAAAGGGUGUACUUAGGCCUGUCCCGGCAAUGCUUGGUGGUGGCCAGCAGGUAGAUUUGUUCAAAUUGUUUAGGACAGUGAGAGACAGAGGAGGUCAUGAUCGGGUUUCGAAGAAAAAAUUGUGGGCUUCUGUGGCCAAGAAAUCUGGUUUAAGUCUUGGUGCUAGUGCUGCUGUGAAAUUGAUCUACUUCAAGUAUGUCAAUGAGUUGGUGAAAUGGUUCAGAGGGAUGCGUAAAGAUAGGAGCUUGGGAAAUGAACAGUAUGGAUUUGAUAAGAAUGUUCAGUUUCUAUCAUUAGAGCUGGAGACAGAGUUUAGAGGUUUGUUGUCUAAUGGGUCGGUCAGGAAGGGAAAAAAUGGUGGACCAAUUCAAUUGGAAUCAGAUAAUGAAGAUUCAUACAGAACUAGUUCAGGUUUUGGAAAAUACCACAGUGAUAAUGACGAAAAAAGUAGGCAUGAUGAUGAUGGUGAUCUCCAGAUAUUGGACUUAAAUGUUGAUAAGAAAGGAAAAGAGUGGAAGAGAAAACGAGAAUCAUUGUCUGGAAUGCUUAAGUGGCUGAUUCAGACAGCCAAACGUUCGGAUGAUCCUUCAAUUGGGAUGAUACCAGAGCCAUCUAAGUGGAAGGAUCACAAGGAUAACGAGUUCUGGCUCCAGGCAAUAAGGGUAAGGGAGGCAUUGUUUUUAAGAAGGCAUAUCUGUUCAAAUACUGAAGAAUCUCCCUUGCCGAAAAAGCAAAAGAUGCAUCCAUCCAUGUAUGAGGAUAACAUGGCUUCCAGUCACCAUUCCACAGAGAGGUUAAGAUGCAGUGAAAGGGUUCCUAAUUUAGUGAAAUCUCGUCUAUGCGCGUGUUGUAAUUCACGUUCAUCCAGUCAAAGUAAAUUGAGGAGUCCUUGCAAAUUAGAGUUGGGAAAGGACCCAAAGGAGGAAGCACCUGCGGAGGUAGAUUUAUCAGUUACUGAUACAGAAGUUAGCCCGCCAAAGGAUGAGCCCCUCGAGAAGCAUGUUUCUGUGGGACCUCUCUUUCAAGCAGAUGUCCCUGAAUGGACUGGUGUGGUUGCUGAAAGUGAUCCAAAAUGGCUAGGCAUGCAGGUUUGGCCAGUGGACUGUGGAGCAUACAAAUCUUAUGUUGAAACAGAUUCUAUUGGCCAGGGAAGAUCAGAUUUUUGUGGCUGUCCGCUUCGAGGUUCUGUUGAAUGUGUCAGAUUUCACAUUGCCGAGGCAAAGAUGAAACUGAAACUCCAACUUGGCUCAGUGUUUUAUCAUUGGAGAUUUGAUCGUAUGGGUGAAGAAGUUUCACUUCAGUGGACAGCUGAAGAGGAAAAGAGAUUUAAGGAUAUUGUAAGGUCCCACAAUAAGUGCUUUUGGGAUGAUGUAGUCAAGUGGUUUCCGACAAAGACACAGGAAAAGCUGGUGAGCUAUUACUUCAAUGUAUUCCUUAUCCAGCGUAGAAGUUAUCAAAAUCGUGUGACUCCAAAAAAUAUUGAUAGUGAUGAUGACGAAACAGAAUUAGGAUCUUUAAGUGAGGGUUUUGGGCAUGAUGCAGUCAAGGUUUCAGGCUCAAAUUCCCUUUCAUGUUCCAAAAAUGAGCAGUGUUUCGAUUUUGAACAGACAUAGCUUUCUUAAGAGUUAAAAUUUGAUAUGGGAUUUGAACCAUUGCAGACUAACAACUUUCUUCUCAGUCUGAAUUUGUCUAAAACAUCUACUCCAAGAUCACCUAUGAAAGCAUCGUUUACCGUACUUCAGAAUUUUGAAUGUUUUGUGAUACUCACUAUCUUCAACGAUGCAGUUUUGAGGGUUAUUUGCCCAUGGUGAUCGAAGCAGACAUAAUUGGUUUCUUGUUGAUCUUAUAUAUUAUAGAAUUUAUGCAAAUGUGAUGGAGAAUUUACUGCUGAUGCUCAGCAAAAGUCUUUGGUUUGAUGUGCGGAGCUGCCUUGUGAAUAUUGUGUUGUAAUACAGGUUUCAUCACUUUGUUUAAACCUUCUUGUUUUAGACAAGCGGAAGAUGAAAGAGGGAUACAGUCUGUGGUUCAAGUUGUACUUUUCUUGUUUCCCUGAGUUAUGGAACUCAGUUCAAGGCUCUGCUGUUUAAAUUCUGUUUCUAUCUAAGCUUGUAGCUUUCUAAGCAAAUACUCUCUCUUUGUGCAGUAAGAUGUUUUUGCUAGCCAAAAUUGAUAGUAAUAUAUUUGGAAGGGGCAUAAAAUCAAAAUUAUAUAAGUAGGCCCAUUUUUCUGUUA